AUGGAACACUCCACGAAGACUGUUACAACUGAAGUUCUGAAUUUAUUCGGCCAUAUGUUGCCAGCAAUUUUUCCUUUUAAGCUGGUUGGUGUAAUGCAAGAGUUAAUUAAAACUGCAACUGAUUCUGGCACUGAAUUAGCUGCUCAUCAAUAUCUUAUAGUGACUAUGGCAUCUAGUGAGGAAUAUCAUUCGCCAUCAGGGAAUCUACCACUUCAGUUGUCGGCUAAACGGAUUUCCAAAGCUCGUAAAUCUUGUUCCGGAGAUCACCAAAAUUGCAGUCCGGUUAGAAAAAAUCAUAUUGACGACUCGAACAGCAUUAUCGUCACUCCUUCUAUUGAUAGUCGAGAACUUGAUCGUCUAAAAUUCACUAACCCAGGUAGACAGAUGGAAGAACUAGAAGUCGGUUGGUCCGAAGCAAAUAUGACACGAAGUGUUCGCAGACAAAUGACCGUUAAAUCUGGUCACAAAUCAUCAGAUCGGUUGCAUCCGUUAUACGAUUCUCGUGGCCGCCUUUUAGGAACUUUAGAAUAUAGUUGUGAUUGUCUAAAAUCUGAAUGUCCUGGGUGCCAUUUGCCAUGUCGUAGGUGCCAUUCUACGUUUUGUGGAGCAUCAUGUCGAAUUUAUCGAACUUAUCGUGUUAAUGAAGUAAGUUCCUAAUCGUUUCAUAUUAACGUUUUCUUCAUCCAUUGAAAGGUUAUGUUAUUCAAGUUAUUACAAUUUUUAAUACUCUUUUCUAUUAAAUUGUAUUCGAGAUAAGUCUGAUGUUCGUGGAUUUAUCUUCGUCCACAGUUCGUUUGCUAUCGGCAGUUUGAUAGUUGACGUACUCGGAGCUUAGCCAUUUGGCUACAGACGUGGAACCCAC